UGGCUGGCUGGCUGGGCCUGUCGGUCUGCUGCCCUCUCUCGAGCGGCUGUUUCGUCACCGGGACAACCGGCGGGCUCGCGCUGCCGCGGCGUUCCCUUGACAAUGGCUGUAUCUGAUGAUGAAGCACUUAUUAACAAAAAGCUGCCCAAAGAACUUCUUCUAAGAAUAUUUUCCUUCUUGGACAUAAUUACUUUAUGUCGAUGCGCACAAGUUUCUAAGUCUUGGAAUAUUUUGGCCUUGGAUGGAAGUAACUGGCAAAGAAUAGACCUGUUUAAUUUUCAAACAGAUGUAGAGGGCCGAGUGUUAGAAAAUAUUUCCAAAAGAUGUGGUGGGUUCCUGAGACAACUAAGUCUGAGAGGCUGUCUUGGGGUUGGAGACUGUUCUUUGAAAACAUUUGCACAGAACUGUAGAAACAUUGAGCACUUAAACCUUAAUGGAUGCACAAGAAUUACUGAUAACACUUGCUAUAGCCUUAGCAAGUUUUGCCCCAGGCUGAAACAUCUGGAUCUGACAUCCUGUAUUGCCAUCACUGACAACUCCUUGAGGAAUUUAAGUGAAGGCUGCCAAAAUUUGGAGUUCUUAAAUCUUUCCUGGUGUGAUCAGAUUACAAAAGAUGGUGUUGAAGCACUAGUAAUAGGAUGUACUGGACUGAAGGCACUCUUUCUAAGAGGAUGCACACAGCUAGUAGAUGAAGCACUUCACCAUAUUGAGAACCAUUGCCAUGAACUUGUUCUCUUAAACUUACAGUCAUGUAUGCAAAUAUCAGAUGAAGGCAUAGCGGGUAUCUGUAGAGGAUGUCACAGACUCCAGUCACUUUGUGUUUCUGGUUGUACAAACCUUACAGAUGCUUCUCUCAUAGCACUUGGUUUGAACUGUCCAAGACUGAAGAUUUUGGAGGCUGCAAGAUGUUCUCAUCUCACAGAUGCUGGUUUUACACUUCUAGCAAGGAAUUGCCAUGACCUAGAAAAGAUGGACCUAGAAGAAUGUGUUCUGAUAACAGACAACACAUUGAUACAACUUUCAAUUCACUGUCCUAAACUGGAAGCACUGAGUUUGUCGCACUGUGAACUAAUCACAGAUGAUGGGAUUCUGCACCUGAGCAGCAGCACAUGUGGGCAUGAACGUCUCCAGGUAUUAGAGUUGGACAACUGCCUGCUAAUUACAGAUGUGACUCUUGAACACCUCGAGAACUGCCACAACUUAGAGAGAAUUGAGCUAUACGAUUGUCAACAAGUCACCCGUGCAGGCAUCAAAAGAAUAAGAGCUCAUCUACCAGCUGUGAAAGUUCAUGCUUACUUUGCUCCAGUAACUCCACCUCCUUCUGUAGGAGGUACUCGACAGCGACUCUGCCGAUGCUGCAUCAUUCUUUAACAGGCGAAGAGCUGGGCUGAUGACCAGUUCAGCGAAGGAAAACAGUGGCAGGCGUCCAUUGGCCACCUUCAAAACAAUGCCAUCCCAGCCAUCUUAUUCUGCACUGGUUGUAAUGCCCAUGCAAGUUUACAGGUAAAAUAUAUUUUAUGCAGAUGUGAAUAAUGCUGACGUUCUGUUCUAACCUUUCUGCUAGUGCAAUCCAGAUUUGAUAUCAGAUUGGUUCUACUAGCUAAAAAAAAUUAAAAUUACCAAAAGUAGAACUCUACUACAUUGGUGGUAAUUCCAGCUCAAACACAGGCAAUAGUCAAAACACAAUCUUCAACAGAAGCAGCCCAACAAGAAUGUUUCAUUGUUAUACCAGAGUUAUUUCAUGAACAACCGUCAAUUAAAUCAUAGUUCCAAGUAUUUCAAACCAAUGUCUACACUUUAAAAAAGCCAAAUUACUAUAUCUGCUGAAUGAGAAUCUGCCAUGCUAGAGAAAUUUAAGAAGCUGUUAUAAUAUUGCAGCAGACUGAUAAAUCAGUUCUUGAAAAGUUAUAAAGGAUUAUUGUAUGGCUGAUGGUAAAACGGCAUACAAUAUAGCUGUAUAGCUUUUACAUGGGCUUUAUUGACAGAACAUUUCAGCAAGUAAUAGUGGAAAUGACCUCAUCCCAUGGGUGUAUCCCACCUUUAAAUCUACUGUGUUAAUCAAGAAAUAUGCAUAGCUAGAAGUCUUACUAAUUCUCAAACUAUUUGCCAUGUUUUCAACACAAAUAAAUAAAUGCCUCUCUAAAAUUCCUAAAGCUGGAGCUGUCUCAAAUGGUUGUCAAGGAUGGAGUUGCUCUGAAAAAAUUGAUUAAACAUACUGGAUUGCACACUUGGGAGGGGCAUUGACUCCUUUGCCUAUAUGAGGUUGUUUCACUGGCCUCUCUCAUAGCCGGCAGGCAACUCAGUGCUGAAGGAUAGGAUGCCCUCAACACUUGCAUUAUUGCUGCAGAGGCAUAUCCUCUUCCUUUACGAUGAGAAGAUUCCCAUAUUUUCUCACCCUAAGAUGUACUGCUGCCAAUUCCGACCUACCAGAUUUAUACUCAAAAUAUGGACAAUUGUGUGCAAUUAUAUAUGCUUUUUUAACUGGAAGUCAAUGUAAGUCAAAUACCCAGUAACUACUGAAUGUUUUCCUAGUAAGAAGACAUUUUGUAAGAAAUGCUAGCGUUGGAAGGAAUACGCACGUUUUUUAGAAAAUAAAUUUUCUAAAAAACACAACUUAUGAGCUGUACUCUAAGCAUUCCAAUUUUUUUCUUCAUUAAUGCUUUUUAAAUUUUGCUGACAAAAAAUUAUUCAGAUGCUUUAGCUAAAGGGGGAAGGCAUUUGACUGGCACAAAAUUUUAUAGUAAGUGUUAACUCUUUUGGAGCAAGAUUUGAAAUGCAGACUACAUAAAAAAAGUUAACAAAACACUACAAGGCUAUAUCAAUACUGUUUUGAGAGCAUCAAUAAUAGGAUACCCCUACAGCUGGUAAAAUAUUUACAGCAGCACAUAUCUAAGAUUUGCUAUCUGUCUAUGGUAACCACGUUGUAAAAGAAAAACAGCUUGUCAAAUCAAAUUGUGUUGAUGUGUGGCUUUAUAAGUCAAAUGUUUGAGUUAAAAUACUUGCUCCAAGUAAAAUAAUUUUAUACAGGAUACUAUUUAAAUAAAGUCAC